AACCGCUCAGACUGACUUCAGCCCGGACAGAGAAGAGCACCGACGAGAAGCUGCUCCGUACGUGAUUCGGUACAUCUCGCCCGUAUUUUAGUUUUGAUGGGUUAAUCUAGCAGAAAAGCAAACUGAAUAUUAACUGAAACAAUCCAAACCUGGAAACUGGAAAUGGAAUGACACAUUUUCACCGGAGUGGACUUUUACAUCUUGUAGAUCCUUCGCCGGUUGUUUAGGCACAUUUUAUCCCCUCUGAUGUCCACCUGCUACGGCCGGUUUCUGACCUGCAGACAGCCUCACCACGGAGCGUCAGAUAGACCAAACUACUACUGAGAUGGCCCGUGCCGAGACCAUCGAGAAUGUCGGGGAAACUGGAGGAAGCGGAGGAAACGGCCCUCUUCCUAGCCACAGCACCUGCCGCAUGGAGCUGCCUCGCCCGUUCUACAACUGGCCCGGCCUGCUCACCGCUACCAGCACCUCCACCGGCUCUGGGACUGGCACCGGUUCCAGACACCUCUACCAUAACCACCACCAUUUGCACCCUCUGCAGGCUCUCUACCUGUCUUACCCACUGGCUUAUCGCCGCCCAGAGGGCCGUGGCGAGCCCCAGACUCACCAGCAGUUACCUGCGUUAUCGCCAUCACCAGAGCCUCCGCGCUCGCCACUCUGCAAUCGGAGGGAAGGGAGGAGCGGAGGCGCAGUUGCACCCAGUGCCUUCUCAGGAGAGCAGUCGGAAUCGUACAGAGAGGAACGCCAGGAGGCCUCCAGCCGGCAGGGACCUCUGCCAGACCUGCUGCCCCAGAAUGAGCACCCAUCCUGGGCUUCCCCACAUCACAGAGCCCCCAGAGGAGAGGCAGUGCAGGACCUGGAGGUCAGGAGAGUGGCCAACCAGCUGAGGGCCAUUGGAGAUGAAUUUAACGCCACAGUCCUCCUCAGAGCGCACGCCGCCCCCCACUGGCAGGACUGGAGAGACGCUUGCCGAGGACUCCUCAACUUCAUCGCCCAGACUCUCAGCACUCUCUACAGGCUCACUUAGAGAGACGGAGAGCCGCCUCACCUGCGCGUAACCGGAUACCUUGGCGACUUUAUACAUUCAGGACUUGGCCACGGACCAUCGGACUGUGGCUAGUGAACGGAAAACAACCCCGCCUGGUUGCUGCACUGAACCCGGAGGAUUCAAAAGAAAAAAAUCUGGAACAAAGAAUUAAGUGAGGACUAGAUCAGCAGCUGGAGGUGUCGGCGCCGCCUGUGGGCUGGAUCGGGGAGCUACCUGUGGAAACUGGACCCUGCCUGUCUGUCUGCCUGUCUGUCUGCCUGAAAGUCCCGUCCGUCCUUCAGUCGGUCUGCUGGUACAGACUGCAGCUGACGGACCGACGGUCGCUUUCCUACCUGUAUAUUUUGUAAAAACCACUUGCUUUCGCUGUCUUUGUCUCGGGGCUUGUCUCUCAGUCAGUGUGUGUGUAUGUGUGUGUGUGUGUGUGUGUGUGUGCACAUGGCAGACGUGGGUCAGAUGAACAUGUCGUAUAUCGUUAGAUAUCAGUGCAAAAAAAGCUUUCAUCCAUUUUGGAAAAUCGCCUACAGAUAUUUCAGAAUUGGGCUUUCAAAACCACAGAUGAGUCUGAUUGUAAGUGACCUGUUUUUGGAAGUGAAGGUCUUCAUUAUCUUGUGGAGCUUUUUCAUUUAGCUUUAACAUCAGCCACCAUUUUUCUGGAGGCAAUUUUUGAAAUAGAUGAUAUCUCUUUAAUUCUUCCCUUUGAUGAUGCAAAAAACAAAAAACAAAAAAAAAACUUGAUUUUGAUUUGACCCCCAUCUGACGUGUGUGUAUUACUGUUGUGUCUUUAUUUUGCCCCUUAAUUCUUAUAAACUGUGAAACUGGAGUCUGUGCGUUUUGCAUCGCAGGGGACAAAAAAAGUCGGGUGUUAUUCCACAGAGGGAACCUCUCUCCCAAUCUGAGACUCCUUCACUUCAUCAUACAACGUGCCUUUCUGCUCAGUGCUCCGUUGAGUCCUAAUCUCCAAAAACUAGGACAAUCACCCACACACACACACACACACACACUUCAAGUGCUUUGUUUGCAAGUGGUAUUUGCAUUAGCAAAUGCUCCAGCGUCAGCACGGUUUAAGGUCCUUUAAGGACAGAAAUUGAAAAAAGGAAAUUAUUAUAAAUUAUAAAAAUGAGAAAUGAGUGAGAACGGAGAAAUGAGAGUGAAAUUGGAUGAAGGAGGACUGAUAAUAAUUCUAAAUUACAUAGCUUAAUCUCCGCCACACAUUUUGCCAUUGUACAUUCCCCCCGUUCGUACUGCCAGUGUUGGGAGCUGGCAGCGUCUCACCCGCCCGCCUGUGUCGACAGUGUUUAGAGUUACUUGACUGCUUGUAAAUAUUCUUUUGGAAGAUGAAUCUGAUCUAAUUCAAAUUGUUUUUGAUGGACUUUAAAAGUACUUAUGAAAGCGAGAGAGUUCACUGUGUUUGGGAGAUCUUUUUUUGUUUUUCUGAGCAGCCAUUGGCGACAGUAGAGCGGGUUUGAAUUUAAAUCCAGUGGAUUUGAGAUGGUAUUCAAUGAGUUAAAGAAAAAUAUAUAAUUCGGAUUUUUCUGAUUGUUGAAAAGUAUUUCAUGAUGUUUUGUAAAAAGAAAUUACCCUUUCGAUUAUUUUCACUGUAGUAGGAGAAUAUGUUCAAUUGCUCAUAUUAAGAGCAAUAUUUAUCUUUGGAAUGUAGCCUGAAUCUGUAGCUUUUUUUUUACGUUAAUGUAUUAUUUAUUUUUGUCUUACAUUCCUGAUCAAAACUAUGAAUUAAGCUGUACUUGAUUUGCAACUGUUAAAACAGAGAUUUGAUUUAAACAAAAUGGGAGCUAAAGCUGUUAAAAUACACAUUGGAAGUGGAUACAUCAGUUUGAAAAGCAGAACAAACAAAGCAAAAUUAAAAUGUCAGCCUAGAAAUUGGUACCUUUUUUUUCCCAUGUGCUUGAGAUAAAAAAAAAAAUCUAUCAUUUAAAACGGUACUAUGUUUUAAAGCAAUGCUCAUAAUAUUAUUUACAACGUUUCUGGCCUCACUCACAUCUUGUUUUUGGGGAAACAAGAUGUGAGUGUAUAACAGGAAGCCACAAACCUCUCCAGACACCAAAAGUGAAGUAUUGGCUUUCCAUGUGUAUAUCAGAUGCAAAAGUACCCAAAUUCCCCUAUUAUUAUACUCUUUAAAGCACAAAGAAGAAAAAAAUCUGACAGUUAGCAAUACUCUAAACUAAACUGUAAGUCCCGGUCAUUGAAAAUCAACAGGGUAUUUCGGAUGCAAAUUGAAUUCCAAACUGUUUGCUACUGGUGCUAAACACGCUUAAAGUCAUGUACUGUAACGUACUUUUGAUUAAAGUGACCACUUGGUGGAGCAUUAAAAUUUUAUUUCAGGAAAUAUUUGACUGAAACAUGGACACUUGCUGAUCUAUUCCACUUAAAAUGCCUCAAACAUUCAACAGGGAUUGGCUGUUUUAUGUUCCCACUCUCACUUGGCCUUAGCCACACUGUUUUAUGUGUUUGUAGCAGGGCUUUUUUCUUUUUGCAUUUCUGAAAGCCUUGAUGUAUAAAGUCCUAAUAAUACCUGCAGACGUUCAGCUAACAUGACGCUUACAGAGUACAAACUACGCUAGCAGCAGUAGACACUUGUUAACUGCUUGCAUAUUCAUAUUUUAAGAUCAGUUUGCUAGCAGUGCUUUUAGCCAUGCUUGCUGUCAUCGCAUAGUAAUGUUAUGUGGCCCUGGUUCAGGGCUCGCCUCCCUCCCACCAACGAUGCUCAGUGUCAGUCACAUGCAGUUGCUGUUUGUCAACUUUUUUCUAUUGUCAACUUUCUACAUGAAUUUUGUACUUUUUUUUCUUCUAUUUUAUACAAUAAAGAUAAGGAGAACUACA